AUGAAGAUCAUUGAAAAGAUUAAUGCGAGCGUAGAGCAACAGGAGGUAUUCUACUCGUUUGAGUUCUUUCCACCUAAGACUCCUGCAGGUGUAGAUAAUCUGUAUGCGCGCAUGGACCGCAUGGCGGCACUUGAGCCGCUCUUUUGUGAUAUGACGUGGGGUGCUGGUGGCUCAAGCGCGCAGCUCACACUGGAACUCAGUGCUAACGCACAGAAGCUUAGUGGAAUGGAUAUGCUUAUGCAUAUGACGUGCACCAACAUGGCGGAGAGUGACAUCAAGAAGGCACUGGGCCAGGCCAAGGACGCUGGCAUCCAGAACAUCCUGGCACUGCGAGGAGACCCUGCACGUGGCGCUGCCAGCUUUGAUGAGUGCAACCGUGGAUUUUCUCAUGGUGUGGAUCUUGUGCGCUAUAUCCGUGACAAUUAUGGCGAUUACUUCUGCAUCGGCGUUGCAGGAUACCCCGAGGGCCAUGCUGAAAGCCAAGAGGACAAGAAGGCCAAUAUUCAGUAUCUCAAAGAAAAGGUAGAUGCUGGAGCAGAUUUUGUGAUUACACAGCUCUUCUACGAUGUGCAAGUGUUUUUGGAAUUUAUAAAGGAGUGUCGUGCCGUUGGCAUCACAGUGCCUAUCAUACCAGGCAUUAUGCCUAUUCAGAAUUACGGUGGCUUUGAGCGUAUGACGUCGUUUUGCAAGACGUUUGUACCUGAGGAUAUACGCAAGGCAUUGGAGCCCAUUAAGGACAAUGAUGAAGCCGUUAAGGACUAUGGGGUGCAGCUUGGCAUAACUAUGAGCCAGCAGUUGAUUGAUGCUGGCGUGCCUGGUCUGCACUUCUAUACGCUCAACCUGGAACGAUCUGUGCGUCGUAUCUUGGAAGGACUAUCGUCGCUAUCCAGCCGUGUCCCGCGUCGUGAAUUACCCUGGCAGACGUCAGCGCUGUCAAAGCGUGCGUCCGAGAGUGUACGUCCGAUCUACUGGUCCAACCGACCUAAGAGUUAUGUUCACCGCACGGCCAUGUGGGAUGAAUAUCCAAACGGACGCUGGGGCAAUAGUGAAAGCCCUGCGUUUGGAGAGCUCACGGAGUCACACUUUGCACCAUCUAAUAUGUGGACACCAAUCGAGCGCCGCGCGAUGUGGGGUAACGCACCUGCCACGAAGGAAGACAUUCGCCGCACGUUCGUACAGUACGUACGUGGCGAAAUAUCAAGUCUACCAUGGUGUGAUGCUGCACUGCACGCUGAGACGUCAACCGUCCAACAGGAACUCGCCGCUGUCAAUUCCGCCGGAUUCUUAACAAUCAAUAGCCAGCCACGCGUGAACGGUGUGUUGUCCGAUGACCCGAUGUUUGGCUGGGGAGGACCUGGUGGCCGUGUAUAUCAAAAGGCGUACGUAGAAUGCUUUGUGUCACCCGAGAACAUGAAGGUAAUUAUUGAUAAUGCUGCCAAGAAGCCUUCAGUGCAAUAUCAUGCUGUAAACCUGAACGGCCACUCAUACUCGAACGCCAGCAAGUCAGCUGUAGCCGUGACGUGGGGUGUUUUUCCGAACAAGGAGAUCCUGCAACCUACGAUCGUAGACAGUAGUAGUUUUUUGGUGUGGAAAGACGAGGCGUUUGCGUUGUGGCUUAAGCUGUGGGCAUCGCUUUACGAGGAAGGCAGUCAAUCGUUCAAGCUGCUGCACGAGAUCCACGACACAUACUUCCUCGUGAGUAUCGUGGACAACGACUUUGUCAACGGCAAUAUUUGGGACCUGUUUAAGACCCCGGUCUGCGCGACUACGGCGCCGUAG